CGCACAUAGACUUAACGUCGCCUCGCACAUGUCAUUCGAAUUAUAGAUGAUGAUUGUUUUAAGUCACUUAACGGCUAAUAUUCAUUUGCCUAUAUUAAGAGACGAGCAGCUUCAAGCAGCACAUUUUACACUCUUGAGACUCUUACCUCGGAUUUCUUUCAAAACCAAAAUUCAUCAUCGCUAGGAAUGUCUUUGUCAGGUUCUUGUACAUUCAAAGAGCUGAAGAAAUCGGAGGAUUUGGAACAGAACGGAGAUGUUACCUAUAGCACCGAAAAYAUCGAAAAUGCCCCAACUCAAAGUCUUAAAAAACGGAAGAAAACGUUUCAGAAAAUUCUUAUAGCCAUCGUGGUCGUUCUGCUUGUCAUCUGUCUUGUACUUGUCGUUCUGUACGCUCUGGAAGUGAAGAAGAUAAAGAAAGACGAGAAAAGAUCUGGUGAAAAGUUCUGUUAUAGUUCUAAAUGUCUUGAAGUUGCAGCUAGAAUCAUGGAAGAUAUGAAUAAGAGUGCAAAUCCAUGUGAGAAUUUUAUGAAAUAUUCCUGUGAUGGCUGGGUAAAAGCCAAUCCUAUACCAGAAGGAGUCAAUGAACAAGCAAACAUGAUGAUUCUUACAAACGUAAAUAAUCAAAAACUACGCUUUAUUAUUGAGCGCCUAGGAAGCUUUGAUACCAAUCAUCCUUAUACAAAGGUUAAGAACUAUUUUACUUCGUGCAYGAAUGAAGAUAGCAUCCAAAGAAAUGCUUUUCAAGAUUUUCAAAAGGUACUGGGAUCUCUAGGUCCUUGGCCAGCACUUGUGAACAAUACUUGGAAUUCAACAAACUGGAAUUGGACAAACGAAAUGGCAAAAUUGAUGAACAAAAACCCUCUUUUCACGAUUGAAGUUAUGGUAAAUCCAAAAGAUACUGGAGAAAACACAUUUCAAAUCUAUCCUCCCGAUAUCGGAAUCAAAGAAGCUUACGAAAAAAACGACAUGAAGAUUUUGAAUGCACUUCUCAACUACAUGGUUCGUGUAAUAGUUCUCCUGGGUGGAGACGAGGAGAGAGCACGAUCACAAAUGAAAGACGUGGUUGACUUUGAAAUGGCUAUUGCAAAGAGUGUGCCAUCGUUUGCUGAUAUUUACUCCAAUUGGUAUAAUACGUACACAAUAGAAUACCUGGAGGCGAAGACCGGGUUUCCAUGGUUACGGUACCUUAACAAAAUGCUCGAUGAAAUAAAUGGGACGAAGCUGGAUGUGAAGAAGAGACUUGUCAUACCACACUUGGGAUACCUCGAGAACCUGGUGAAAAUAAUUGAGAAAACUGAGGAUAGAACUCUCCUUAAUUAUUUCAUGUGGUCAGCAGUCAGAAGUUAUCUAGAAUACAUGACGUCACCAUUCCAAGAAGCAGUCAACGAAUACAGGCUCAAGUCAGAAGGGACAGUUGGCACCAAAGCUCGCUGGUUGGAGUGUAUAACACAGCUGAACGACCAGCAAGGGAUUACGAUGGCUAUGGGGAAACUGUUUAUUGAUAACGAGUUUGAUAAAGAUAUUGUCCCUUUGUUAAAAGAAAUGCUUGACAGCAUCAAAAAGGCGUUUAAAGACGAAGUAGCCGAGCUGGACUGGUUGGACGAGGAAUCCAAGAAAAAUGUGUUUGCGAAGGUUGAUUUAAUGAAGGACAAAAUGGGCUUCCCAGGUCUGUGUAACAACAUGACACUUCUCACAGAAUAUUACAAAGAGCUGGAAGUGAACACGAAAGAUCAUUACCUUUUGAACGCGUUGAACGUUUCCAAAUGGUACAGUCGCACGUUCUUCUCGAAGGUUGGACAACCAGUUGACGAUGAAGAGUGGUUUUCAGGACCUCAAAUAGUCAAUGCCUUCUACAAGAUGAGCCAAAAUGAAAUAAAUAUCAAUGCUGGUAUUCUACAGCCUCCCUUCUACUAUGGUCGACAAGCACCACGAGCAGUUAACUUCGGAGCCAUUGGCACUGUUCUUGGACACGAGCUAACACACGGAUUCGAUGCUCUUGGCAGUCGCUUCAACAAAUAUGGCGAGAUUGGAGAGCCAUGGAUGAGUAACUAUUCGUUCAACCAGUUCCAAAUCAGCUCAAAAUGCCUUGUCGAUCAGUACGAUAACUACUACUCUGAUCUCGGCAACGGAGAGAGUGUGAAGAAUGACGGCGCUCAGACAUUGUCAGAGAACAUUGCCGAUAAUGCAGGACUACGACUCGCGUACAGGGGCUACAAGAACUGGCUGGAUGAACAUGGCGAAGAGGACGAGAUCCCUGGACUGGGAAUAACAAAUGAACAGCUUCUGUUCGUUUCCUUUGGACAACUUUACUGCUACAAAGCCAAUCCAACAGGAAUCAAACGAAGAAUUCAAAUGGACAGUCACGCCAUGCCUGAAUUCAGGGCUAUUGGUAGUGUAUCCAACAUGAAAAGAUUUUCCCAACUUUUUAGUUGUCCUAAAGACUCGAAGAUGAACCCGUCUACCAAGUGUAGAGUCUGGUAAACGUGAAGCAUUCGCCUCUUACUUGUGCCGUACAUCGCUGUUACGGCUUUAAAAAAAACAUUAUUCACUGAACGCCUAGUAUUAUCCCUCCAGGAGAGAAAAGUCCUUCACAGAAGCGAGUGGGGAUUCGCGCUUACCGGUCGCGCGGGAACUGGGAAACGACCCUUUGGGUAGACAGUAGUUGAGUAGGGUACUCAAGUCCUGCCUACUCAAACGCUUCUCCCAGUAGAGUGCAUACCAUAUAUCUGUGAGAAAGUUAACUAACAAAAUUGUACAAAUUUGAGCAAAGGUUUAAGUCUACGGUCUACUGAGGUCUACUGGACUUACUAAUUCGUGCACGUGCAACGUUUUUCACGAAUACAGUCAAUUCAAAAAACGUUGUCGUCGACCAACUCAAGCCUACGCGACUGGUCCGAAAGGAACUCUGGGUAGUAAUCAUUGAAGCCGAGUUGACUCCAUAAUUUUAUCUUGACUAGUUAUGCC